UCAUUUUUUUAAAUCCAACAAGCAAACGACACUUGGCAUGACCUGAUUAAUUUAAGGAACCAGAUCAGAUGCCACAAAUUUGCUUGUGCUUCGUCUAGUUUUUGGAUAGGGAGAAAUCAAUCCAAGGGUCCAAAACGCUGCUUGUACUUUGACUAAGUGAAAAAUAGGGUUCUAACACUAACUUUUGGCAUCCGAAUAAACUAAAUGAGUGUAAAUUAUGUCAUGAAACGAAUAAGAGUUUGCCUAGCGAUAUUGCCUUUGGUUUUUUUCUAUAUAUAUAAGGGUGAAAUACAUUAAUUAAUAAAAGUAUUUAAUUGUUCAGGAAAAGAAAAUAAGCAAAGAAAUAAACAAACAAGACAAAAGAAGUUGCGCUCAAAUUGGAGCAGCAGCAAACCAAACAGAAAGACAGACAAACCAGAGUAAAGGAAGGAGGAGGAGAUAGUAAGAACACAAACAUGGCUCUAUCAGCAGCAGACGAAAGCAUCCUCGGACAACAAGGCGCCAAAAUAAGGCAAAAUACACUUAUAUAGCCAAAGUUUUCGCUUUUGUGAUAAUAAUAGCAAAUUUUGAAAAAAUACCACUUAUAUUCACUUUCGUCCAAAUUUUUAACGGUGUUAGCGUUUAGUCUGACUAGACAAACAGAGAUGUUGACGUGACAAAAUCUUAUUUCCAAUUUCUUCUGUAAAUAUCCACGUGGAUAAUAAUUCAAUUAAAAAAAUUACAGGCUAAAAACUUGAUAGAAACCUGCAAUUAUGCUAUUUCGUUAUUUGGACUAUUUUGUCGGUUUAUGGUUCUUUAUGACUAGUUGGGAUUAUUUUAAGGGUCAUUUGGGAGAGGACAAUAAUUUGGGGUAGUAUUGAUAGAUUAUCGGAUUAUAUAAAUAUUAUUGUUAGUGGAAAUUAUCCACUAAGAAAGAUUAAACCUAAUUUAGUUUUUCUAAUUCUCUCUUUUCCUCUUCCCUAUGCCGAAAAUCUUCCCUCUUCCCACCUUGUUGCUGCUCUUCACCCACCCCUCAUUUCUCAAACUUCUUCAUUUCCUUUAAUCCCCUACCAAUCAAGUAGGUCACCUCCUCGGUGAUCGCUCCAUUUUCCAAAUCCCUAGCAAAUGAUAGAAGUUCGAAAAUCGGGUUUUAUGUAAUCUGGUAUCAGAGCCCGGUUCGAUGAUUGAGUUCGGCGCUGCUCCCAACUAGACAUAACUCAAAAAUUAAUGGUGUUAAACAAAUCAAAAAAAUUUGCUGAGAAGGUUACCGGGAAGGCUUUGAUGGAGAAGACGUACGAUGACGCCGCGGCGCAAAAGCCCACUAUUGGCACCAAGAAGGCUGCUGACCAUGGCGCGACCAAGGAGAGCUCAGUGAAGGGUUCGGCACAGCAAGUGGAGGAGUCCCAGGACGGUGUCACCAUGGUUGAUGUGACGCACAAGGAAAAAAUCAAGUCGACAGUGCAAAAAAUAAUGGUGAUGCAUCUGAAAACCAAUUCUGACAUAGAGGAUUUGUGGAGGGCCAUUGAUGACGGAAAGCAGUGGAAUAAGAGUUGGGAAAUGGAGCGGGGGAAAACGGAAGAAAUGGACCGAUAUGAGGGUUAUCGGGAGGAAGACAAUCAUAGGUGGAGCAAAGAGCGAGACCCACGGGGCCCACGAGACUACCGCGGGAGGACUCCAAGUAUUGACAGGUAUGGUGGGUACACAUAUGAUUAUGAGAAUGAUCUUGUGUUCAGAGCCAAACCUCCAACAAUUGAGUUCCCAAGAUUCAACGGUUGUAUGCAGCUGACAGGUGGUUCAAGAACCACCCCACGAAGGAGGAGCUAAAGGCGCACCUGACGUUCUUUUAUAUUGAGGGAGAUGCUCUGCAUAGGUGGGAGUAGUUGGAGAGGUAAUGCACUGCCACCGGGAGGCUGAUUCCCUGACCAAGGUUGCAAGAGGAGCUUUGCUACCAGUUUGGAAAGUCAGAAGAGUGAUCACUAGAGCAGGUGGCCAAGUUGAGACAAACAGGGUCAGUGGCGGAGUAUAGGGCGGAAUUCCUCAAGCUGGGGACCAAUGCAAAGGGGUGAGGACGGCCUGAGGCCAGAGAUCGCUGCCGUGGUCCGGGUCUUUGAUCCGGACUCCUUGAGAUCUGCUUUUCGUCUUGCAUGUUACAAGGAGGAGGAGAUCGCGAGUUGGAGAAGCACCAUAGGCCGCUAUUAGAAGCCUAGUGAAUGAGGAAGUAGCAGCUCGAGACAAUGGAGGAGGAGGGGCUUCGGUCGUGGUGAUUUCAAGCGGAGGAACGGUGGUGACCGCCACCCCGGUAAUGACCGAACCGGGACCUAGAGCACUGCCGAAGGGCUUUGUGAGGCUAUCUCAGGUGGAAAUCGAGCAUAAAAGGCAUGAAGGCAAGUACUUUUAUUGUAAUGAGAGGUUCACGAUAGAUCACUAGUGUGCAAAAUCAAACUUGAUUAUGUUGGUCGGUCGUUGGAUGGACGAGGCAGAGGAUGAAGCAACGACGGGAAGAGGCGAUCCAGAGGCGGGAGUUAAACUUUGAGGACAAGGUUGUUCUGAAGAAGGCGGGGAUGAUAUAACCCUGCAAUUCUGCUAUUUCAUUAUUUGGACUAUUUUUUCGAUUUAUGAUUCUUUAUGACUAGUUGGGAUUAUUUUGAGGAUCAUUUGAGAGAGGAUAAUAAUUUUGGGUAGUAUUGAGGGAUUAUCGAAUCAUAUAAAUAUUAUUGUAAGUGGAAAUUACCCACUAAGCAAGAUCAAAACCUAAUUCAGUUUUCCUAAUUCUCUAUUUUCCUCUUCCCUCUACUAUGGCGCGCCGUAUCCCCUUCCUUGCAGGGAUUGAGGAAGGCAGGGAGGCUAGAGCCGAGGAAGGAGAUACCAGAGGUGGAUAGGUUGAAGAAUCCCUGGAGCCACAAAAAAGUGGAAUUAAUGUUGUCAUUGCGCCGAACGAUUCUUCACCAGAAGACACUGCUUCGCCGCCACGGAUCGCUUCACGACCAGCAAACGCAGAUCUUGACCGUCUACUCUCCCAGCUUAUCCUAUGUUGCCUUUCGGGUUGUUCAUCGUCGAAUAUGGUCAAAUCUAAACACUCAGAAGGAAGGAUGUGGCCAUAACAAGAAUCUGCCUCAUCUCGAAUCGGGACAAGCACAUCUCCGAUGCGUUCACAACUAGGCCUUCAAUACACAAAUUGAAACCCAGAACCAGGGUUUUAGGUGGCGCUGCGUUCGAGCUUUGAGGAAGGACCUGGAUUCCAACCAUCUCGAGAUCGGAGAUGAAACAACCAAGUGCAUAUCUAAGUAUCCUCAGAAGCCACACAUCAAAGUCGCCUCACCAAAAAUGGACGCGGGCCAAGACUAGCUUCUCCUCGCUAUUGAGGAUUUGAUUCGGGGAUGGGAUGAAAGGGUUCCUUAUUCUUGGCGAGAGGACGAAGAUGAAAGGGGAUCGCCAGAUUUUUUUAUAAUUCAAUUUUGUGAUUAAAUAAAAAUAAAAAUCAUUCUUUGAAUUUUUAAUUAAAAUAACACGUGGUGUCUAGGUGUCAUCAACGUUUGAGUUCUCACUGAUGUGUGCGAUGAUUUGACAUCCUAGUCAACCAUAGUUCACCUAACUCAUGGAGUUUCUAACACUGUUAAAGUUUGUAACGGAAAUGUCUAUAUUUGUCAUAAACUUUCAAAAUUUUG